AUGGAGAAUUCUUGGAAAUUAAUCAUAACAAAUUCAUAUUACGAUGCUGAAGCAAACCUAGUGAAAUACUUUACAAAAGGAUUAGGAAUUGAACUAUAAAUUAUAAAUGUUGAAUAUCUCUUUCUUUUUAAAUAAGGAAACUUGCCCCUAUUAAUCAUUGGACCAAAGGUAUUUUAAAAAGGAGAAAUUUCUAAAUUUAUUGUAAAUGUAAAGAUUAUCUAAUAUAAAAGGAAUACUUGAAAAAUUGUGAAUAAAAUUAUGAGCAAUAUUUUAAUCUGUUUGAUAGUUGUUAUCAAAUGCUUUAAGUAAUUGAAUAUUUUAUGUGGGCUGCUCCUACUACUAUAUUGUACUAAUACAAAGAUCAGUAUAGUAUAUUUAAUCCUAUUAACAAAUAUUAUUAAUGUUGCUUCCUCAUAAACCAAAAGAAGAAAUUUAAGAAGCUAAAUUAUCUUGAUGUGAAUAAUGUUAAUAAUAAGGCUAAGAUAAAUCUUACUAUUAUUCAACAUUGGGUUAAAAUGCAGCAUGAAAAAUAGCAACCUAUCAACAUAUUAUAUAUCUUUUGUUAUGUUAUCUUAAAGUCUAUUGUGUUCAACAUUAGAUAUUCACUAUUAGUAUAUAAUUAUAAUAAAAUAGUAUAAUCAAAUUCUUAAAUCUGAAUUGAGAGAAUUAAUACAAUAAAUGACAUUGAAUUUAGAAUAACCUUUUUAACUUGAUCCUAUAUAAGGUAUCAAAGAUUCUGUGGCAUAAUAUAAUUAAUAAUUAGACAAGCUAAUAUAAAUUAAUCAAAGUUAAACUCAAAAAAGGAAUUCUCACUAACUAAUUCUUCAAAUUAUAUCAUUAUCAUUAUUUACUUAUGUUUUAUUUACAAAUGACUUCAAAUGA